AUGCUCAACCGCUCCACCGUCCACGCCACGCCGCUCGCGGCGGUCCUAUUCCCAGCUCCGCUGAGGGCCCGUCACGCGGAGGCCUCGUUCGGCGACAGCGACAGCGAGUCGGAAGAGGAGGACGAGGAGGCGUGCUCGGAAGAGGACGAGGACACGUACGUGGUGGAUCGGAUCCUCUCGAGCCGCAAGGCAAAGGGCGGCAAGACGGAAUACCUGGUGCGCUGGAAGGGGUACGAGGACGAGGACGACACCUGGGAGCCGGCCGGGCACCUCCACAAGGAGCUGAUCGCCGAGUUUGAGGCGAGCGGCGACCCGCGGGUAGUCGACUAG